GAGAAAAAGAGAAGGACGAAGGAGACGGUGAGAAGAGAAGAGAAAGGAGGAAGAUCCUACGUGUCUCCCCCCACCAGAGGUAGGUGGUCCACGGAACCGCCUCCGCGGAGACGGUCUGCCAUCCGCCCGGGCGGUUUCGGUGCGUGUGCCAGACGUACGCUCGUCUCGUCUCGCCUCGGCCUCGGCCUCUUCCAAUCCGUGGACCAACCUGUGCGGCUGCUGCGGACGGCUGCUUCCUUCGCCUCCCUGAAUCCGUCGUCGGGUCCAUCGUCGCGUCUCUCCUCUCGGCCGAUCAGUCGGCCAUCAGAGUUUACCUGAUUCGCCAGCGCGGUCGCGUCUCGCCGGACACCAACCGGGUCGAGUUGUCCGUUCGAUGUCGCGAGAUCGUAGUAGAGAUCGGAUUAGGGACGACACGGCGUCUCAGCUUACAUUGGCUUCCCGUCUGUGAUAACCGAAGGAGAGAAGGAGAACCGCGACCGGUGGUGGUCGCGAGAGAGAGAGAGAGAGAGAGAGAGAGACGCCGUGGAUUUAAUUAUGGCGCGGCGACUCAAUGAUCCCGAGGUCGGCCAGGACGAAUCGUCUCCUGCUCGAAACAACGCGUGACCUACCACUCAUUAUUGAGCUUUGAAUGCGAGAAGAACGCAGACUAAUCCUCGAGAAAGGAUCCAUUGACGAGAGAUAAACCUAGGAGCCACAGCUCGAGGAAGAGAUUCCCAAAGAGAGAGAGAGAGAGAGAGAGAGAGAGAGAGAGAGAGAGAGAGAGAGAGAGAGAGAGAGAGAGAGAGAGAGAGAGAGAUAUUAGUGCGUCCCUCUCCUCUCCUCUCAAUGCGUCGAUGAUUUCCCAGUCUAAUGUUUCCCGGAGCCGAUAACGAAGUGAAUCUCUGAGUGAUCUACGAGUUCGCGGGAAUCGGGGUUUAAUCAAUCGGGAUAAAGAAUAUAUAUUCGAUUGCGGAUAAGGGUCGCGCGGGGUCGACUAAGUAGCCAUAAAGAAGAUUCGGCGACCUAUCCGACCCGAAUAAAUCGCGCCCUGAUAACCCUCGAUUAAUUAUCGAGCCUCUCUCUCGCUUCCUGCUCACGACGGAGAUUCUCUUACCGAGAAUCCCCCUUAUCUGCGACAGAUAUCCGAGAUGCAUCUUACAUCCCAUGCCAUUUGAUCUGCCGAUGAUUAUUUGAGUGAUUAUUUUUGACGUUCGCGUGUCUGGAAAGGGAGAGACAGAAAGAGAAAGAGAGAAAAAGAGCUUUCGAGUUUGCGAAUCAUCUAUGAAAGUUUUCGGUGAUUGUGGGCGCACAUCAAUCACUGUGAAAGUGUCUUUCGCGUUUAACGGAGAUAAAAAUGGAGGCCCAUCACAAUAACAACGGCUUGUCGUCGUUGGAGAGUUCCAAAACCGGCUCUUCCAGCAACGAGCAUGGCAGCAACAAUCCCUUGGACGAUGCUGUGGGCAAGCUACUGCAAGGGUACGAUUGGACACUACUUCCGGUGACUUCGCGCGCCGGCGGACGAAGAAGCGCCCACGUGAAGCGUCCGAUGAACGCCUUCAUGGUGUGGGCGCAGGCGGCAAGACGAAGACUGGCCGACCAGUAUCCGCAAUUGCAUAAUGCCGAGCUGUCGAAGACGUUGGGAAAACUAUGGAGGAUUCUGAGCGACGGCGAGAAACAACCGUUCAUCGAGGAGGCCGAGAGGCUGCGGAACGCGCACAAGAAGCAGCAUCCGCACUACAAGUACCAACCUCGUCGGAGGAAGCCAAAGUCGGACGAUCAGAUGGGCAUCAUUGUGCACAGGGGCGGCCUUCCGUCGCCGGGGACUUCUCUCGACUCCUCGGCCGGCUCUUCGGACUGCACCUACGCCCGCUUGUUUCCAGACGCCGGCGUAAAGGCGUACGAGAGACCGGCGACCUAUCACGAGCCAAAGUCCAGCGCCUACGACCUGGCCCGACCGGUCUGGGUCAACGAGACGGUCGCCAAGUAUCCCGCCGCCGAUCAUCCUAACAAGUCGACGUACGACGCGACGACCAGAAGCUACGCCGAGGCGAAGUGCCAUGAGGUCGCCAAAUAUCAUCACGAGAUGACGGGCACCAAGUAUCAUCACGAGAUGGUCGGUAGUACCAAGUAUCAUCACCACCACGAACCGACGGUGACCAAGUACCCGGAUCUGCAAGCUAAACCUUACGAUCUGCCCAAGUACCCGGAGGCCAAGGGAUAUCCGGAUGGCCUCAAAUACUCCGCGGAGAUGAGUACGGCUGCGGCCGCUGCCGCCGCCGCCGCCAAGGCGCCCUACGCCUGUGUACAUGGACAGUAUUACCCUACCGCGGAGGGAUAUACCGUGCACGGCGGCGAGGAGAACGACUAUCAGCCACAAAGCAUGUCGUCGCAUCCCUCUUUCUAUCCCUACAUAUCGGCGUCCAUGGCGGCGCAACCGCCGUACUACAUGGGACCCCGAUAGAGAAUACCGAAGAUGGAGGGACGAUGCGACAUAAUAUUCUUAGAGAUUUUCUUAAAAUAAAAUCGAUAAAAUCAUUGCCAAUCGGACAGAAAACUAUUUGGAUAAGAUAAGUCGAGACUGUCUCUGAUGAAUGACACCAAGAAAAUCGCGUCAUCCUUUUCUAUGACUACGAGUCGUGUUUCUGGCUCGAGUCUUGAUAUCACGCAGAAAUUUUGCAGCGGCAUGUAUGUGUGUAUAUGCGUGUAUGUGUGUGCUUGAUAAACGGACGGGCAUAGAUGGUCGUCCGUUAGCAAUAGAGAUUUAAUUUAACUGGACAUCGUGCGCUUGACAAAACGUAAAGUACUUAAACGAUAGCGGUUGUUGUACUUAACGACGUUAAAUUAUAUUCUAUAUAUAAAACAAGAUAUGUUAUUCGAUCUCUGUAACUCUCUUUUUUUUAAUUUAUUUUUUCUUGUAAACUCUGUGACACAAUAUAAAUAAAUCAGAUCUAUUAUCUAAGUAUUCAUAAGUUAUGGCUCAAUGUUAAGUUCUUCAAGACUAUUUGCAAAAAAAAUCAACAAAAAAUAUAGUUUUAAAUUACAGAACAAGCAGAUUUAUAAAUUAUGCAUUAAAAUGAUAUGUAUAACUUAUAUAUCAUCCCAUGUGAUGUCUAUGAACGACUAGAGAAAAAAUUAUAGUUAGAAUCGU